UAUACACAUUUACUUAUACCUACACUCUAAAUAAAAAGUGCAUAAUGCAUAAUGCAGAUGCGCAGUGUUUUUCUGUAACUCAAAAAUUAAAGCGAAAUGCGUAUGAAAUUAACCUGUAAAAAUAACAUUAUAUCUAAAUUAAAUAAACAUCUUUAUUAAAUUAUAAAGAUACUCAAUAACAAUGUCUCAACAAAGUGAAAAUCUGGAUUUUUCUGGUCUUUUUAAAUUAGACGUUUUGGCACAGUUUGAUAUCGCAAAUCACAGUUUCUCCGAAGUUGGCUUAAAGAAAUUUUUAGCAUUAUCUAGCGACAAAGAGUUAUUAUUUUUAUACAUAAAUUCACAGUUUGAAAGAUUUGAUCAUGUGUACGAUUGGGAUUUCGUUGACAAUCCCGUGUAUUGUAUGUGUUUUGAGCCAAGUGGUACAUGGGUAUUGAUUGUCAGUGAGGAAAAAGUACUACUUGUUCCUUUUUUACCUCGGUUUAUACCUCAAAAUACCUUUGACUGCAAAUGGUCAUUGUCAAGUGUUACAGUCUUACCACUUCCUGAAAUUCCAGAACCUAUAUCUGUAGUGUGGUGGCUUACAAAAGAAUCUGAGAAUAUUAUUAUUAUUGCUUCAAAGUCAGGAUCAGUCAUUUUCUACUCUUUGGAAUCACAACGAGUUGUUGGAGAAACUAAGGUUCAAGGUGAAAUAGUUGAUUUGCAAAUUUGUUUCGAUGAUUCCCUAGAUCUUCUUGCACUAUUAAUUUCAAAAGGUCCUACUCAGCAAUGGAAAUUAGUGUUGGAGCACAGAUCUUUCGGCUAUAAUUGGCUCCAACAAAUGCAAAUUCAAAAUGAUAAGGAGAAGAAAGAUGGUUUCAUGUCGUACAUUAAGCAAUUAUCUAAAGACAAAAUAACAUUUUUUACACAAAGUGGUUCUAAAGAUGAAAACAAAACACAAACUGUGGAGUAUGUUUUGACUCCAAUAGAGUACUUGCCAAAAAACCGUAAAAAUUCUAACAGUUGGGCUUUGAGUGCACAAUAUGUAAAUGGAAGACAUUUUUUAACAGCAUUUGAAAUAAACGAAGGGAUUAUUACACUUGAAAGCCCUGCUGACGAUGCACCAUCGAAAACUCUUAAACCUCAUAUUAAAAAUGAUGGUUUAUACAUUCAGGGCCUAUGCUCUCAAAGAUUAGUAUAUCUUUUAAGAAAAAAUCAAUUGGAAAUACACAGUGCUCAGUUCUCUCAGAGUCAGGGUGAAGCACUUCUUGGAUUAAAAAGAGAUUUCUCAGAGCUUUGGACUGCUGAAUUGAUCGGCAAUGUUCAACGAGCGUACUUGAUGUCCGCAAAGGAGCCACCUUCGAUCUCUUCUGGGUGGAAGGAACCAACCUUCAUGUGCGACUUGCAGCUGCCACGUUUUACAUUGGAGCCGUGUCUCAUCGUGACCUCCUGUGGUGCCUACGUAUUAAACACCGUGAGCGAGCCGUGCGAGUGGCUGGUGGGGCUGAUCAUGCGCGGCGGCGCGGGCGCGGAGCUGUCGGCGGCGGCGCUGGGCGCGCCCGUGCCCGUGCUGCUGCGCGCCGCCGCCGACAUGCUGCUGUCGCGGGGCCGCGUGGCGCCCGCGCACUACCUCUACUCGCUGUCCAAGAGUCAACCGGAUGGUUGGGUAGCUCGUUUGGGUGUGUUUGGAAGACUUCAUGAACUUUCGAUGUACAAGCAAGUUGGUAACGUCGGGAGCCUUGGCAAUGCCGCCAUUACUUCUAAACUGCUUGCAUUGCUCCUAAAAAUUGGAACAAAUAGCGAAGAAAGUUUUGACAUGGAUGUUAAGUUCACAAAUCUUAGUACAAUGGAACUCCAAGAGUUAACUUCAGUGGCUGCUGCUAUAGGAUUGUGGGAAUUGGUUCCAGUUUUCAGUAUUCACAGAGGAUAUCCUCAUUUGCUACUCAACGCUAUUAAAACAAGAAGUGAUAUUUGCCGAGGUGCUAUUGUAUGCCUAUUGCAAAAUAAGUGUCUUGUGCCGAUACUUUUGGAGGAAAACGGACAGUGGCUUUUCGACUUUAUCGCUGAGAAAUGCAAUAAACUCGAUACAAUCAUACUGAAACGUUUAUGUUUGUGGUUGAAUCCAUUACAAGAUCAAUUGCGUCCCGUGAUGCGUGACUUGAAACAAGGGAUAACAUCAAUUUACGCGACAAGAAUGCUACAACUUAUAGCAACAUUUAUGCAUGUCGCUUGUGCAAUAGAAUCUCGGCAGCCUUGUCUUGAAAUCCACACGGAUGUCACACAAAAGCCCGAGACAUGGAAGAAUCAGUUUGCUCCAAGAAGAUCGGUGUCCUGUGGCCUGGGACACUGGGCGGUGACCGAUGAGGGCAACGCUAAGAUAAUGGUUGCGAAUACAUCCGUCAAUACAGAGCUAACCGGUAUGGUUAUUGACGUAGCAUGCGGGAGACACCAUACGCUUCUGUUGACGGAGAAUGGGGUGUACGCGGCGGGAGACAACUCGUUCGGGCAGCUGGGCGUGGGCGCGGCGUGGGCGGGCGCGGCGGGCGACGGCGCCAGUGCGGGCGGCGCGGCGCUGCACGUGCACUACGCCUGGACCGCGCCGCUCGUGGCGCUCGCUGCCGGACACUACCACUCCGCCGCCGUCGACGUCGGCGGCCGCCUCUACACCUGGGGGUGGGGCGUCCACGGACAGCUUUGCCUAGGAAGCAUAGACGACCAGUACACGCCUCAACUAGUGACCAAGUUUCAAGGCAGAAAGGUGCUGAACGUGGGGUGCGGCGCGUGCCACACGGUGGUGCUGAUGAAGAACGGCGAGGUGUGGGCGUGCGGCGCCGGCGUGUUCGGCCAGCUGGGCGGCGGCGCGCGCGACAAGAGCGCCGUGCCGCUGCGCGUGCCGCUCGCCGACGCCGUCACCACCAUCGCCGUCGGGUACUUCCACAACCUAGCGUUAACUUCGAAAGGACAACUCUGGUGCUGGGGAGCGAGCCCGCAGCAGGUGCGCGCGACGCACGCGCGGCGCUCGGGCAGCCCGCCCGCGCCCCCCGCGCCCGCCCCGCUCGCGCUGGCGCCCGACCCGCACCUGACGCCGCAACUCGUCGACACGAGGAACGUGCAGGGAAAAAUUGUGCAGUUAUCGGCUGGUUGGCAUCAUUCAUGUAUUGUCAACAACUUUGCAACGAUAUACUCGUGGGGACUGAAUUUUGAUGGGCAACUAGGAAGUGGAGAUCGUAAACAAGUACAGAUACCGACGGAGGUAAAAAUCCGUUCAGAGACCCAAAACGAAGCGAAGUCAAACAAUUCACCUACCAAGGAGAUUAUAAAUAUGAAGGCCCUUGUAGCCUGUGGCGGGGAUUUCACCAUAUUUAUAGAUGAUGACGGACGAAUUUAUGCGACUGGAAACAUGCACUUACAAGCUGUCAAUGAAAAAGAGAAACCGAAUAAUCGAGUUAUUAUGAUGAAGACGACGAAGCGGGUGAUAAAGAUACCAGCGAGCAGGACCAACAACAAGUUCCUAUUUCAAGAAGUAGAUUUCAUACAUAUAAUGUUCCCGUUCGAUAUAGACGGUAUUGACAGGAAGCCAAUUGAACCAAGAUUGAAUCCAUUGAACUCUCUCGCUGAUUUCAAGAAGAAAUCGUGGGCAGAUGACGUCAUUAUGCUUCUCAAACCGUGGAUCAAUGAAGAGAAUUUAACGGGAAAUCUAAAUAUGGCCGCUAAAUUAGCGUAUCACAGGAAAACGUAUUCGGACUGUCUUAAAUAUUCGCUUGAUAACUUAAAUCGAGGUAAUCAAAGUGACCAAUUCUACGUAACACACCAAGAUAAUUCAGAAGACGUUAAUCAGCUUCGAACGAAGGACGAGUCGAAAAUCGCGAUCACGAAUAUUAUGUCGAAACGUAUUAAGGAUAUAUCUAUGACGAUUUUGAACGAAGAACCCUACCCGAUAAUCGAACCCAGUACCUUUCAAGCUAUACCAUGUUGCUGCGAUGAGUUGAAAUAUACAACGAAACAAAUAAUAUCAAAAUCGAUCACAAACAUUGCUGAUAUCAACCUAUCUGCGCAAGCAGCUCAAAUAAUAGACAAAUGCAUUAGUAUUUUCCCCGUCGACAGCAAAUUGUGGGAAACCUCCUUCCGAUUCGCGAAAGAUUUUUAUUUGAGCAAUGAUUUAGAUGUUGAAGAAUUGGAAGCGGUUCUUCGCAAAUAUAUGGAGACCAACGCGAACACAAUGGCGGCAGCUAUAAUGUAUUCAAAUGAUUGCACCCAGUAUAGUGAGAUAUUGUCUCCAAAAUUUUAUUUAAAUAUGUGCAAUGAAAUUUUAGACACAUGGGGUUGAAGUCAUUUUAAAAAUACGACGGAAUUUCGUUAUCUAUUUGUGACAUAUUCAGUCAUUUGAUGUUAUAAAACGAGGGUACAAUUCGAUUUCAAUCAUAUCUUCGGAAAUCAUUAAAUAUUUCAAAAGACGACGCCGUCGUUCGGUUUUUUACCGAAUGUAUUGUUGGUAGAAAUACUGAAUAGUAUUGACUGAUGUAUAGCAAUAUACUAUAUCGAAGGUUGCAACAAAAAAAAAAAAAAAAUUAACAAUUUGACACAUUCAAAAAUUAUUCUAACCGCUAGGCAAAAUCUUCUCUCCCAUUGAGGAGAAAGAUUUUAAGAUUGAUAAAGUAUUUAUCCAUAAAACUAUUGAAAGUAUUAGUCUUUCAUAUAAUUAUUAGCAUAUUUUACAAUUUUAAUAGCAAUAUGUGUUACUUGUGUGUUAUAAUUACAAUGUGCACAUUUUUUAUAUUUUUUUGUUAUAUAUUUAAAAAAAUGUAUUAAGAUGUGUGUUACUCAUUAAUGUGUCUCACUUUUUCUCAUAAUAAAGUGGACUGUAUAAGAACGUAUGCUAAAUUUUAAUUGUUAAAAUUAGUUGAAUUAUUAAUUAUGAAAAAAAAAACAUCACAAUUCUUUAGAAAUUAUGUUUUAAUAAGAUUAUUAUAUUAAUAUGUUGCCAUUUAAAAACUUAGUUUGUAUGGAAUUUAAUUAUUAUGAUUUAUAACACUCUUAUUGGCCUAGCUUGAGAUUGAAAUCAUAAAUAUUGUUUUUUUAUUAUAGUCUGUCUAAUUUUUAGUACGACAGAGUGAUUUUAAAAAAAGAAUAUCAAUCUUAAUCGAUAAUCGCGUUUUAGACAAGUGAAUUAAAUAUUGUUAUAAUAAGCGUGUAUAAAAUGUUACUACUCAAAGAAAUUAGGAGAUAAAAAUCUUUAAUAUUCGCAUAUCGACUUUUUACGUGGAAUUUUUGAUUAAGAAAAAAAGAUGUUUAAGAGUUAUUUAAAGUAAUCUGUUGUGGCCUCAAGUAGAAUAAUUUUAGUUAUAGACUUUCCAUGUUUUAGUUAUAUGUUAUAAAUACCGUUUUUAUUGAAGUUUGUUUCUCUAGUCAGUAGAUAUAGUAAUAAUUUUUAUUGCCUUAUUUUCAUGUUUAAUACGCUAUUUUACCGUCCGCAGACUUAUUAAAACUAUUAUAGAAUAUUUUUAAAAUGUUUAUUUUUGCUAAAUGAAAUAUUACAAUUGAUUAAUACUUGUUACUUGUAUAGGUCUUAUUAACAUAUUCCGUCUAUUGAUUGCUUGCUAAUAUAUAUUGUGAUAUGUAUGAUAAUUUGCAACACUUAGUUAUUAAUCCGAUUUCUUAGAUAUAUAUAUAUAUAUAUAUAUUUUAUAACAAAAAUGUUGUUUUAAAGAGCUUGGCAUUAUUGUGAAUUUAUUCUAGAUUAUUUAAAUUAAUUCCAUUAUUUUAAAUAUUUAUACUACACUGCUAAUAAUAUAUUAUAUAAUUGGCA